UCACAUUAUCACAGUUUAAGAAUUUCCAAAAUAUGUGAUAUAUAUAGAUAUAAUAGUCCAAAUUAAUUAUUUAAAAUUAAUACAAUUUAAUAUUGUUAUUCAAUAAGAAUUAAUCUUUGGAUAAAGCCUUUUAGUCAGCUGUGGAUAUUUCUUUAUAACUAUAUAAAUUACACACUUUUGUAUUCAUUCAUAUUCACAAUUCAAUCUCUUUCUUUCUUCCCCAUAUCCAAAAUUCAUCCAUGGCUAUUAGGGCAAUUUUGAUAAUUACUAUAGUGUGUUAUAUUUCAUACUAUAGUAAAGCUGAAGAAGAUUUCACCACAAAACUAUCAAAGCUAGAAGAGUUGGAAAUUGAGAAGGAGCUUAAUCUUUUGAAUAAACCACCAAUAAAGACUAUUAAGACAAAAGAUGGAGUUCUUUACGAUUGUAUUGAUUUUUUCAAACAACCAGCAUUUGAUCAUCCCGCGUUAAAAAAUCAUAGCUAUCAUUAUAAGAUGAAGCCCUCGUUUCGUCCCAAGAUAAAUAAACGUAAGGAUUACCUCAAUAUAAAUUCGAAAAGGUUAAGUUGUCCGAUUGGAACUGUUCCUAUUAGAAGAACUACAAAAGAAGAUCUCAUUAAAUCUAAACUAUUCACAAAAACAUAUGGUUCACUCACUACUGAGAAGCCAGGUCUUCAUCAUGCUGUGCUCCGAACAAAAUCUGAUCCUAAAAGGAGAUAUAAUGGAGGUGGAGCAGUCAUGAAUAUUUAUCAACCUAAUGUCGUUGGCCCUCAAUAUAGCUCAUCUCAAAUGACCAUUAAAAAUGGACCUGAUAGCAUACAAGUUGGAUGGACGGUCAAUCCAACUUUAUAUGGCGACAAUAAAACUCACUUGUUCACAUUUUUACAAGCGGGUGGAACAUCUUGUUUUAACACACAAUGUCCUGGCUUUGUUAUUGUUAGUACUGAGAUACCUCUAGAUUUCACUUUUGAACAAGUUUCUCAACGUGGUGGAACAUUAUACGAAACAAGUGUGUUUAUUUAUCGGGAUAAAGCAAAUGGAAAUUGGUGGUUUGAAUUUGGAAGAUCAAAUAUUCAAAUUGGAUUUUGGCCGGGACGAAUAUUUAGUGCUCUAAAUACAGAUUUAGCUGCGUACAUGGAAUGGGGUGGAGAGGCAUACAGUCCGCCUGGACAACCUAAUCCCGAAAUGGGUAACGGGUUUCGUUCAGUGGGAGAUCAAAGUAAAGAUGCAUAUAUUGAACAAAUGACAACCAUUGAUGAAUCUCAUAAACAAGUUGAUUUUGACAAUGCUGAAAUCUUCACUGAUGCAAAAAAUUUGUACAAUGUUGAUGAUUGGAAAAUAAGAGGUGCCCAUGGUCAUAUUAUGUCUUUUGGAGGUCCAUUCGAUGGUGGCCUCUAAUUCUAUUUCAAUCUAAGUUCUAUUUUGUAUUUAGUGACAAUAU